AUGAGGCGCAUGCGCGCGGUGGGCGGGUGCUGGGGCAGCGGCGCGGCGCGGGGGGGGCGGGCGGUGCUCGGUGCCGCCGCCGGGCGCGGCGGGGCCGCGGAGCCGGCCGGGGCGGGCGGCGGACGGCAGGGCUGGCGGGGCGAGUCGCGGGGUUCGCCGCAACAGCUGGCGGAGCGGUACGCGGACUUGGCGGCCAGCCACAGCGAGGCGCUGCGGCAGCGGGAGGAGCGCGAGUGGCACAACGCGCGGCUGCGCCAGGAGAACGCGCGGCUGCGGCUGGAGAACCGCCGCCUGCGCCGGGAGAACCGCUGCCUCUUCCGACAGGCCCUGCUGGGGCCCGGCCCCGACAAGCCCCCCGCCGACCCGGGUGAGGAGGCGGAGGCCCUGCGCGCCCAGCUGGGGCGGCUGCAGGAGAAGCACCGCCGGGCCUUGCGGCACCUGCGGCGCUGCCGGGCCGCCGGCGGGCCCGAGGCCUCGGAAGCCGAGGACAGCGAGCUGGACGAGCUGCUGCUGGAGGAGGACGAGCAACCGCUGGAUAAGAAAAGCCUGGUGCCGGCCGUGUAG